AUGGACGACGCCUACGUUCCGGGCGGUUCGCCCACGCGGGCCUUGCUCUUCACCGUGUGCAUUCUGGUGUUACAAGGCUUAACGCUGGUGAGAUUGAUGAACGUCCUCCUGCUCAUGAGACGCAACAAGGAGUUCAGAUCUCUUUGGCAGCGUGCACACGCGGUCCUUUGCCGCUGCAGUGAACGCUUCUCUAAGGGAGCACAUGAAAGCACUUCGCCCGAAGUGGCAAAGUUCCACUGGGCCCAAUGCAAUUUGUUGGUCAUUGGCUCCCGCUUCUUUUCGCUGGUGCUGUUCUUUCGUUUGAUUAUGUUUCAGCUGUACCUUCAGACGGAUAUGGAGCACUUACUGUCCCCCCCGCUGGACAUUUCAAGCCUCGCGGGCUAUGCGGUGGUGCUGUUCCUCACCACUUUCAGGCGCACGGUGCAGCCGAAGACGUUGGAUUUCUGGUAUGUGGUGAAUCAAGGGCUUUCCAUACUGCCGAUCAUCUUAUGUGCGCCGGAAGAGGUGUACUCGAUGAGCUUGAUCACCCUGCUGCCCCGCUUCUUAGUAGGUUUGGUUCCAAAGCAUGCUUGGUGGGCCAUUCUGGGCAAUCUCGUCCAUUGGAUCUUAGCACUGAAACAUGUGGACUUCCAGCUCCAAAGCAGCACCUUUGCGGAGCAAUCUGCCAUGCUGGGCAUCGUUCUGGGAGGGAUCCUGUCGAUCCGGCAGCAGAUCUUCCAAAACGUGAAGAUGAGCUUUGAUUUAAAGACCCGCACUAUUGAGUUGGAAGCCGUCUCCUCCUUACUGCUGGGAUUCUGUGAUGCGGUGGUGGAGGUCGAGGAGGACACCUUGACCUUGACCGAGGACUCCCGACAACUCUCCACCAUGCUCCUCCACGGCCACGGCAUCUCUGCCGGAGGCCUAGCGGGGAGCGAGUUCUUGAAUUUUUUCACUCCUGAGGAUCGUGAUCAUAUCGAGGAGUCCUUGAGCACUGGCAGCAAGAAUACGCUGGCGUUGAAUGCACGGAUGUUGGAUUGUUUGGGCAACCUGGUCCGUGUGGAGCUGCUGCACAUCCGGCGGCUUGGACGUUGCGAACGCCAGGAGGCGACGCGAUGA